CUGUCAAGUGGCAAGGUUCCUUGCCGGUGCGUGGCCCGCAAAAGUAGAAGAUUGUCUGAAGCGUUACUCUGCAAGAAGAAGCGAGCUGACGUGGCACCAGAAUUGCCUUUUGUGGGGAAUGAGGGUUGUGAUCCCGAAGGGACUGCGCGAACGCGUACUGGACGAGCUGCAUGAAGGGCAUCCUGGAAUCGUAAGGAUGAAAGAACUGGCACGCAGCUAUGUAUGGUGGCCGGAGGUCGAUGCGGAUAUUGAAUAUCGCGUCAGGUCGUGUGAUACCUGCCAACAGCAGCAGAGUCUUCCAGGUCCAGCCCCGCUGCAUCCGUGGUCCUGGCCAACUCGUCCGUGGCAAAGGCUGCACUUGGAUUUUGCGGGACCUUUCCAGGGCCGUCAUUUUCUGGUGAGCGUCGACUCCCACUCCAAGUGGCCCGAGGUUUUUGUGAUGAACAGCACAUCGGCCGAAGCAACUAUUGAAAAGCUGAGGGAGCUGUUUAGUCAUUUCGGUCUGCCAGAUGUUGUUGUCAGUGACAAUGGCCCCCAAUUUUGUUCCCAAGAAUUUCAGAUUUUCUUGCGAGAGAACGGUGUGAGGCACGUCAGGACCGCCCCCUACCAUCCAUCAAGUAAUGGGCUGGCUGAGCGUUUCAUCCGCACCCUGAAGGAGGCCUUACGAAAAGAGAUGCCGGGCCGGCCUCUGUCCCGUCGACUAGCAAGUUUCUUGUUAGCUUACAGAAACACACCGCACGCCACAACCCUUCAGAGUCCUGCGGAGUUGCUGCUUGGGCGGCGGCUCACUACCCGUCUCGACAGACUGCGACCCUCUGCAGAGGAAACUGUUCACCGCAAGCAGGACGUGCUACAGGUGAAGCACAGUGGCAAACACCGACACUUCGUGCCGGGUGAUAAGGUGUACGCCAAGAACUUCCGGCCGGGUGAGAGGUGGUUGCACGGAGUCGUCACGGCUAGAUCCGGACCGGUCUCCUACAGGCUUCGCGUGACCACACCGCGGGGGACCUUCGUGUGGCGGCGACACCAAGACCACCUGCGGUUGCGGGAGAGCUCUACCCCAGAGGAGGAGGAAGGUGGUUUGCUGAUACCGAGUGUCCUGCCAUCAUCGCCAACCCCAGGGCAAGGGGGACUCGUGAACGAGCUGCCUCCAGUUGGGUCACCGGUGGUAGAGGGACAAGACAUGGGAUCAGUCUCCGGUCGUUCCCCAGCCCAGCCGCAAGAAAUUCAGCGCCGGUAUCCCGAACGGCAACGGCGUGCGCCUAAUAGGUUUUCGCCUUGAGAAGGAAGAGAAAAAGACGAGGACUUUGUGUUUUUCAGAACUGUAAUUAUUUUGUAUUUAGUAUGUCUGUACUUUGUACUUUCCAGAACUUCAAUUAUUCUCGUGUUUUGUUAAAUUGUCAUAUCGUGUUACUUUGUGAGUAUUGCACUGGAACGCCGUCGAAUGGUAUUACUGUGCUGAACUAAGUGUGGGGGAGUGUUGUAUGGGUGACACAAUAAGCGGGCAACAGCUAGCGCGCGCUCGUGCGUCUCGCGCCACUGUUCCUGGGCGCCAUAUCUAUCUGAGCCAGCGCACCGUUUGCACCACCCGCUGCUAUCCUGCCGCUCUCUCACGCCCGUGACUAUGUGUCGUACUCCGGUAGUCCUGCAAUAAAGAUGUGCCAGCGAAGAACCCCAUCGGCCUGUUACUCCA